GUCUACCAUGUUCACCAUAGACGCGUAAAGGCCAAUUCCAACUGCUCGUCAGCUGGUGGACGGCUGAGUCCAUUCACAAGCGAGUACCCAUGUCCAGACGUCGACCACCCAGAGAACUGUGCAGCAGGCGAUCUAUCUGGCAAACACGGCACCAUCAAUGACACGACUUUGUCCGCCACAUACAUUGACGACUACCUCUCGAACAACGAUGUCCCGGGUUGUGCCCAGUGCAUGAGAGGUCGAAGUCUUGUCGUCUCCUUUGCCAAUGGAACAGCACUUUGUUGCGCAAACUUCACGCGGGUUCCAUCUUCUGAC